AUACCGCUUGUGACAUCAUUUGUAAUAUUGGAAAAAUAAGGACGCUUUUAGUAUCUGUAGAUUUCUACUGGAAAACGCCAUAGUAAAAUGAUCUGUUGAGAGGAUAUAGCUUACAGAGGCCUCUUUAAGAUAUAGAAAAAAAUAAAUCAAAGAGAUAUUAUUAUGAUGUUGAAUGUUAAUUGAAAUAAUGGCUCAUUUUUUGUCUAGAAAAAUUGAUGAAUCGAUUCGGAGUGCUCCGAUAAAAUUGAUCACUCAAUUCAUAAUUUUGUGCCUUAGUGGUUUGUGUUUACAUACAGCUGGAAGUAAUGUGACUAUUAAAGUAGGUGUGUUAUUGAUGACAAAUUCAACUUUCCCUGUAGACUUACCUAGGGUCGGACCAGCAAUUGAUAAAGGAAUAGACGAAGUUCGUAAUCGUUUUGGUAUCAAUUUUGAUCCUGUUGUAAGAAAUUAUAGCGUAUGGUGUACCAAGGCUAGGUACACGUCCCCAGGAUACCUUGCUGACAUGUUCUACAAAGAAAAUGUUCGAGCGUUUAUUGGCCCAGCUUGUUCAUACGCUGUUCAGUCAUCUGGUCGUCUAGCCGAAUACUUACGUGUCCCCAUGGUUACAGGACUGGGUGAUUUGACUGAAAGGAAUCCAUCUGAAGAUGAUAUGUUCGAAACAACAACUAUUUUGUCUUACAACAUCAGAAAAUUAUCAGUAUCAGUGCGUGCCUUACUGCGUGAAUACAGUUGGCAACACGUGUCCAUCAUUUAUGAUGAAGACGAGAUUUUCUAUCUUGUUGCUGGACCAAGUAUGAUACAUGAUUUUGAAAAGGACAGCGAGUUUCCAGAUUCAAACCCAGUACCUUUUAAACGUACAAAAGCUUGGAAUCCUCGUGAUACCCUAACCAUGGCAUCAAAACAUGCUCGAGUUUUUAUUGUGCUUGUGAAUGCUGGGGAGUUUCGUACACUGAUGUAUCAUGCAUAUCAUCUUGGUAUGGCCUCUGGAGACUAUGUAUUUAUAGCCAUUCAGUUAGCAGAAAUAGAUUGGUGGGGCUCGUAUAGAAACUUCCUAAAAGACGACACAAUGGAUGGAGCAUUGAAGAGGGUUUAUGAAUCCGUCCUGAUUCUCACUCUCGUGAACCAAGUAACGAACAACACUGAGUUCCAGACAGACAUACGAACACGCUCCCUCCGGGAUUAUGGCUACAAAUUUAAAGACGACGAGCCGGUGCAUUAUUUCAUCACAUCAUUCUAUGAGGCAGUAUUGUAUCUUGGGGCGGCUUAUAACAAGAGUCUUGUGGAGACAGGCAAUAUACUUGAUGGUUACAAAAUUGCACGAUCUUUUUUUAACGACACUUUCAAAGGACUAAAUGAGUUGGUUGCUCUAGAUGAGACUGGAACAAGAGUUGCUGAUUUUGAAGUUCUCGAUCUAGUUGAUGCUGAUGAUGAACUUUUUCAGCGUGUUGGUGUAUUUCUCGGCUCAAAGAGAAAGUAUGUGCCGGUUACGUCGGUAGAAAUCAGAUGGCUGAAUGGCGUUCCGGUGGACAAACCUGUGUGUGGUUACACUGGUGAAUUAUGUAUCACAGAACGCUUAUCAACUCAGGCAGUGAUUGGAAUAAUUGCAGGUUGUUUAAUAUCUGUACUCAUAGCGAUCAUCAUAAUUCAAAUCGUUUACAGUCGCAGAAAAUUGAAUAAAGAUAUGCGAUGGCGAAUUAGUUGGAAAGAUGUUGAUGUUUUGAAGACAAAGGGGAGUGUGAUGUCAGGAUUUUCUAAAUCUAAAAUGUCAAUAGAACAAGAUGCUGAGAGUGUACACGAUGAUACCAGGUAUAUAACUGGCUCGAAUUGUUUAUAUAAAGGAAUGGCUGUUUUUAUCAGAAAAUACCAUUUUUCGUCCAUUGAUAUCACAUCAAAGGUCCUUGUCGAAAUGAGACGGUUGUAUCAUCUGCGGCACAAUAAUUUGGAGACAUUUAUUGGAGCCUGUACUGAAACAGGAAAUAUUUCUGUUUUAUCAGAGCUUUGUCCAAGGGGAAGCCUUAUGGAUAUCAUAGCAAAUGAAGGUAUAGAACUGGACUGGUCAUUUCGACAUUCCCUGAUCAACGAUAUUGUGCAGGGUAUGAAAUACCUCCAUAACAGCGAUGUUCACGUGCAUGGACGAUUGCGUAGCAGCAAUUGUGUGGUUGACAGCCGAUUCCUUCUCAAAAUCAAAGGCUUCGGACCAAAAAGUUUCUUCGAAAUGGAGUUCAAAAACAAACGGGACGCAUUUCAUAAUGAUUCGAAGUUACUUUGGACAGCCCCUGAGCUUCUGCGACAAUCAGGAUGGCACCCGGGAACACAAAAAGCCGAUGUAUAUAGCUUUGCCAUAAUUCUACAAGAAAUCAUAAUUAGAGGAGCACCUUUUGAAAUGUCAGACCUUACCUCAAAUAAUAUUAUAGAGAAAGUAAAAGCUUGUCUUAAUCCACCAUUUCGACCAGAAUUACCAUCUUCUGUUGAAUGUUCCUCGGAUUUGGUAGAUAUCAUGGAAUCAUGCUGGAAUGAGGAGUCAGAAGCCCGACCAAACUUUGAUGCAAUCGACUCUUUCUUGAAGAAAACAUUAAAGUCAAAGGGCAGCAAUAUAAUGGACAAUCUUAUGCGAAGAAUGGAGCAGUAUGCUAAUAACCUUGAAACUUUAGUAGAGGAACGAACAAACGCCUACUUGGAGGAGAAAAAGCGGGCGGAGGAUCUUUUAUAUCGAAUGAUGCCCGUACCUGUUGCUCGCCAGCUACAAAAUGGUGGGAAGGUUGAACCGGAAACGUUUGAAGCGGUGACUAUAUAUUUUAGCGACAUCGUGGGAUUCACUUCUCUUGCUAGUAGAAGUCUGCCGAUGCAAGUUGUUGACUUACUUAACGACCUUUAUAUAACGUUCGAUGCAAUUAUAGAUAAUUUCCAAGUGUACAAGGUUGAAACAAUUGGAGACGCUUACAUGUGCGUUUCCGGUUUACCUAUUCGAAUCGGGGACAAGCAUGUAACCGAAAUAUCAAAUAUGGCGCUGGCGAUCCUUGACAGUGUUAGAAAGUUUACCAUACGACACAUUCCAGAAGAACAUCUACACAUAAGGAUAGGACUUCAUUCAGGAAGUGUUGUUGCAGGUGUCGUUGGACUGAAGAUGCCAAGAUAUUGUUUGUUUGGGGACACUGUGAACACCGCUAGCAGAAUGGAGUCUACAGGUGAAGCAAUGAAAAUCCACAUAUCAGAACCUACUAGAAAUUUACUCGAGAAAACAGGAGGAUUCCGUACACCAUUUAGAGGGGAACAGACAGUUAAGGGCAAAGGUUUAAUGAAAACGUAUUGGCUACAAUGCCAAAGUGUAGAAGAUAAAGAACAGUUACCAUGUUCAGAAAACCUUAUUGAAACAGAAGACAAUACAUAUAGUAGUUAUGGUAACACCAGCAUGGAAAAUGAACUGAUCACACUAAAUGACAGCGUUCACGUUACCGGAAGUGCCUUUGAAGAGACUGAUCGCAUGGUUGAUAGUUUGCUACACCCCAAAAGUACAAUCAUACCCAACCCUCUUGUAAUGGAGGCACCACAUGCCGACCAGUUGUCUUUAAACAAAAUGGACGUAUUGGAUGCGUGUUUUGGAUCGAACGGUUUAAGGAAACCUCAAACGAAAAUGGUGAUAGGCAACAUUGCUGAAAAAGAAAGUGACCUUGAAGAUACAUUGUUAGAACUUGAUAGUGUCAGUACGCAUUCACAUGAUGCAUCCCAGCUAAAUGUGGCUGGAUUGCCUAGAGUUGUUUAGGAGAUUAUUUACCGUGGUAUUUCAACUUUUAAUGUGGAUGAACUGUCAUAUUGUUAUCAUUUGAAAUUGAUUUUUUUUUUCAUAUUGAGUCUAUCUAUUGUUCAUAUGAUGUUGUUAUUAAUAUUUAUUGUAUGUAUUAAUGU